UUGCAUUACUUUGUAUUUUUGCCGUGAAAUACUUAGAUUACGAGCUUGAAUUGAUAACAAAUGGAUUGAUACUUUCAACACACCUUGUUAGCAUCACUUGAUCCUACCUGAGUAGAUUGAUUUGUAUCUAAAGAUAUGUAAGUGCGACAACUUAAAGUAUAAGAUAAAUGGUAUAAGAGUAAGUUUCAUACAAUCAAGACCAAACAACUGAACUAUCUAGACAUGAAAAUUUCAAUUUUGAUCUUGUUUGUGAUUCUUCAACAGAUUCAACUUGUGUUCAACAGUGAACAUGAAUUGGCAAUAACAACUGGGUUGAUCCAAGGUAAAUCAGUUGAGUUUCGAGGUGUCACAGUUAAACAAUUUUUAGGGAUUCCUUAUGCUGAGCCUCCAUUGAACGAGCUACGAUUUUCCAAGCCUGUGCCAAAGAAACCUUGGAAUGGAGUUUUAAAGACUGACCAGUGGGGCAACCGUUGCUUACAGCCCAUUGUCUUAGGUUUAUAUGAUGGAAAGCAAACAUUUGACGAAGAUUGUUUGAUUCUGAAUGUUUUCGCCACCGAAGCAGCCAUAAAAGAUUCAAAGGAUGGUUCAAACAGUAAACUACGUCCUGUAAUGUUUUGGAUUCAUGGCGGUGGGUUUCUUUAUGGCUCUGCCAAUGAUUAUGUUUCAUUUGACGGCACAGCAUUUGUUGCAAUUCAAGAUGUUGUUUUGGUUUCGAUAAACUAUCGUCUCGGACCAUUUGGUUUCCUUCAUUUACCAGAAGCUCAAGUUCCUGGAAACAUGGGAUUGUGGGACCAAAACUUAGCCUUGAAAUGGGUAAAGGAUAAUAUCCAUUAUUUUGGCGGUGAUCCUAAUAAAGUAACAAUUUAUGGCGAAUCAGCUGGUUCACUGUCAGUUUCUGCUCACUUAGUUUCGCCUCAAUCUAAAGGCCUAUUUGCAAAUGCUAUACUGAUGAGCGGUGCUCUAUCAGAUUUCGACCGAUGGAUCUUCAAAGAUGUUGGGAAAACAUUUGCCACAAAAAUUGGUUGUGAAAACCAGGACUAUAAAUCAUGUUUGGAUUUAUAUCAUUUUGAUAAAUUCAAAGACACUCAACAUUUAAUGUUUUGGCCAAUUUCGGGUGAUGAAUUUCUUCCAUCUCAUCCUGAUCAAAUUGUUGCCAAUCACGGUGUUGAUCCUGAGGUUAAUGUUUUAUUAGGAACUGUUGGCAAUGAAGGAGCUUGCAUGAUUAUGUUCAAAGAUCCAAUCACUUUUAACCCAAACAAUCCUUUAAAUGUAUCUUUAUCUGACGCUAAAUUAAUUUUGAAGCACUUUUUCGGAGAAUCUUUGGUUAAUUUUUAUCUGGACAAAUAUUUCGCUCAAGUAUCACCUCAUGGUUAUGAUACCAUUAGAUUGAAUCUUGGUCAAGCUCUUGGUGACACGAUACUUACCUGUCCAACUUAUGCUUUUGGACGUGGUUUGGCCCUCAAUGGCAAUUCAAAUGUCUAUGCUUAUUAUCAAAGUCAAAGGCCUGCAUCUGGUCCGUUCCCAAUAUUUAGUCAGAGUAGUUGGCUACCAGCUACUCAUGGUGAUGAUAUACCUAUGGUCUUUGGUCAUCCCUUAAAUUCUGAUAAAUACAGUGCUGAUGAUGUUAUUUUAUCCUACGUAAUGAUGGAUAUUUGGGCAAAAUUUGCGAGAGAAGGAAAACCGCCAAAAAUUUCACAUCAAGAUUGGCUUCCUUGGAGUCAACGUGAAUCAUUUUCCUAUCCAACGAUGGAAUUGAAUGCAAAUAAAUUUGGCAUAAUUGAAACUAAACCAGCACAAUUUUGCUUCGACAAUUGGCCAUUUCCAUUCGAGAAACCUUAUUGGUUUGACAUUGAAUUGGGAAUUUUCGCCAAAAUGAAAGGGAAACAUGAUGAACUUUGAUUAAAUAUUGAAUUAUCAAAAUAUUGCAACACUUAAACAAUCCAGCUCCAAAAGAAAGACAAAUACAGUUCCAGAAAAAAAAUCAAAUAGUUGAAGUCAGAUGCGUUCAAGAAUAGAUUACUUCACAAUAACAACCACCAUCCGGGAAAUCAAAUAAAAUUCAAAUAGCAAUUUUUCUUCGUUCUUAGAACAAACACGAAAAUUUUGGUGAUAGAAGCACUUGACAACAUAUUUGGAACCACUGUGUUUCGAUUCUACCUCGUUAAAAAUUUGGUGAAGUCAAUUAAACUGUACUUGGCGUUCACAUAAAAUCACUUGCAAUCUUGUAAUAAAUUUUCAAUAUACAAUGGACAUUAAAAAGGCUUUUUCAAUAA